AUGCAGUCGAGCGCCGGCGUGAGCGUGCUGCCUGCAUCCGCCGGGCUUGCGGGGGCAGGAUGCGGGAGGAGGGCGCGUUGCGGGGCGCCACGGGUGGUGGAGCGCAGGGUGCGAGUAGCGUCGGUGAGCGACGAGCGGAGGUGGCAGAAGUAUUUGGUGAACCAGUCGCGCCGGCAGAUUGAGCAGCGGUUCGUUGAGCAGUGGGUCGAGGACUCGGGGAAGCUGGAGCGAAGCCGCAAGAGCACGCUUUUCGCGACCAUCUGGUUCGUUCCGAUGUACUUCAAGUACCACGUUAUCCCGGAGCCGGUCCGGUACCUCUGGUCGUUCGUCUGGGCGGCUCUGCUGCGCGCCGUCGCCUUCGCCCGGGCGCGCGUCAUCUUGAAACGGCACAACAUGUGGCCGCGAGGGCAGGCCGCGAAGCAGAAGAAGGCUGCUGUCGCGCGAGCGAUCAAGGCCGGCGACCCCACCCCAGGGCGGGCCGCCCAGAUGUCGCCCCUCAGCCCCGACGCAGCGCGCGCCAUUGCUGCCGUGAUGCGGGAGUGGCGGGAGCCGCCCGCGCAGCUGCAGCGCAUCAAGAAACGCUACCACGAGCUCCUGGGCUUCGAGGGCGGUCAGGUCACCAAGAGCCCCGACGAGGUCGACCCGCGCUGGAGGCACAUGGUCGAGGGCGCGUGA